GAAUCAAGGUGGAAUGACUGUAUUCAAUGUACAUGUAUCAAAUGUUCAGACAUUGUAAAAACAUUGUAAAUAAAACAUAAAACAACAUUGUUGUGAGUAUAAAUACCUUAAUCGCAAAUAGACUUUAUUGUGAUUACUUUAUUCACUAUAAUUUUAAAAUUAUUGUACCAAGUGUGAAUUUAUUUUACAGUAAAAUUUUAACUAUAUUGAAAAUAUGGAUCAAAUCGCACCAGAAGUCUACGGGUCACUGAAUUACGCGCCCAAGAAGUUUGCCGCUCAGUCUCUAAUCAUACUCGGCAGUCAAAAUAGAUUAUUUGACACAAUUGUGGACAUCGGGUGCGGCGAUGGGGGCGUCACUAAAGAGUUGGCCCAAAAACUACGGCACAGACAGCUGGUGGCCGUAGACGUUGACCCAGCGAUGACGGCUUACGCGCAACAGACAAACCCCGAGGAGUCCAUCCAGUAUAAGACCCAAGACGUGUCGGCGGCCUGGGAUGAGCUGAGCGAAGACAUACGGGCACUGGAGGGUAAAGUUACCCUUAUUUUUUCCAACUUUGUCCUGCAUUACAUCCGAGACAAGAGCCGAUUAGUGGCCAAUUUUAGCCGAUUGUUAACGACUGCGGGGGCGGGCGGUUGUAUACACGCCAAUAUUUUUAUACCGGCCGAUUUGAACAGAAAACUCCCCGUUAGUGAGAGGGCCGGACACUGGACAGAGGCCACGGCCAACGAUCGGCAGAUCCAGGCCUGGCGUCAGGCGCUCAGCGAUAGCGGCCUGAGGGUCGACAAGUUUGAGAUUAUUGACGACGUCUGGCGUAUGAGCCGUAAGGAAAUGAUCGACUUUCUACCGGUGCUGAUACACGACUUCAGACCAUUCUUCGAGAGCGGCGACCGGUUUGAGGCAGAGGUUAAGGUUUUGGCGAACACUGUGUUUGAGGCCUACUGUAGUCCCCGCGACGAUGAGCCCAACCCUAACGCCUGGACUCAGUUCACGGCCGACGAGUCGCCCGCAGCCGAAGCGGGCAUUCAGUUAAAUAUCUUAAGACUCGUUGCCAUUAAGAAAAGUUAA